AUGCAAUAAACCAAUAUGUUAUCGAAAAUUUUCUUAUGUGUUAAUAAGGAUGGGUAAGCAGAGUUUAUAAAUUAUGAUUCAAUGUUAUAGGGUGAAACCAUAUAAUUAUUAUGCAAAGGAUGCUAUGAAAAAAAAAGUUUAGAAAAUUCGAAAGCCCUUCCCUAAGGAAAAGCAUUUGACGAAGCUUAAUAAUAAUUUAAUCUCGUUUGGAAUAGGAUUGAAACAAAAAUAAACAAGAUUUCUGAAUUAGUGUAAUAGGCUUAAGUUUUUAGAUCAUAAUUUCUAUCAUUUUUUGAUCAAUUCUUUUCAUAUCUCGACUAAUGGUAAAGAUCUUUAACAAAUUUAAAUGAAAAGUCUAAAAAAAUUUAUGAACUAAACUAUUUCAAUACAAAAUUAAUAUAAUAGCAAGAAAAAUUAUUUAAUUCAUCAAACUAGAUAUAUAUCACAAAGCUUUGCAAUCGUUUCAGAGAUUUUAAUUUGAAUUGUUAGAGGGAAUAGUAAAAAUUUUCAAUACUUCUUACCUAAUUAAUAAAAGAGACAUAAAAUAUAGUCCCAAAUUAAAUAUAAAAUGUAGUUCCAGAUUAAACAUAAAAUGUAGUCCCAGAUUAAAAGAUUGAAUUGAAAAUUGAUUCAAUAGUGCCCUAACAGGAAUGUUGCUUAAACAUUGCUUUUAAUUCUUCAAAUUCAAUAAUGAUAUCAACUCAAGUCUUCAAUAUUUUAACUUGGACAUUCAAUAUGGGAAAAAUUAAAACAUAAUAAUCUUUGAUUAAGCACAAGGAUUGGGUUAAUUGUAUAGUUUAUAGCAAGGAAAAGGAGGUAUUCUUUUCAGGAUCAGAUGAUAAAACAAUAAUUAUUUGGCAAUUAUAAGAAAAUGGUUGGAGAAGUUCAAAACCUUUUGAAAAACAUUAAGUUAAUUGUCUAUUAUUAAAUUAAAAGGAGGAUUAAUUAUUUUCUUGUGGGAAUAAUCAUUAAAUUAUAGUAUGGAAGAUAAACUUAGAAAUGAAUGAAUUAAUUUAUUAAUAUGAAUUGAAUAAACACAAAAGUUCUGUAUUCUCAAUGUCAUUAAAUUAAUCAGAAUCUACAUUAGUGUCUUGUGGGGAUGAAAAGCAUGAAAUAAUAGUUUGGGAAAAAGGAAAGGAUAAUAAAAUGAAGUUUAAAUAUUUUGUUAAGUAAUAGCAAUCAUAAAAUUAUUUUGGUAAAAAGUUGUUCUUUCUAUCAGAAAAAAUUUUUAUUUGGGUUACUGCAACUAAAGAAGUAGAUAAAAUAUUUGUUUUUGAGAUUAAAAAUGAAGUUUUUCAAGAAAAUUAAUAAAAAACUAUUGAAUUAAUUUAAGAAAAAGAAUAAGAUGAUAUGUUUCUAUUUCCAAUUAUUAGAGAGAAGAAUUCUAAUAUGAUUAUUAUUAGACACAAAACUCAUAUAUAUUUCCUCAAAGAUUUAGGUUCAGGAAAGCUAAAAAUUGCUUAAUAAAUUAAUUGUGAAACAACACAUAUUUAUGGAACGAUAACUAAUAAUUUGUCACAUUUAUUAUAUUGGGAUAACAAAACAGGAGGGUAUAAAAUUUAUUAAAUAAAACAAACUGAACAAUUUCUUAAUUUAUGA